GCAGGCCGCGUUCGGAGGCUGCUGGCGGGACUGGAGCUGCCGCGCUGGCUCCCGGAGAGUAAACCUCUGUUCUUUGGUUCCUGUUGUGGCCAUGGCUUCGUUCGUGACGGAAAUUCUGGCACACUCCGGGAGUCUGGAGAAGGAGGAUCUGGGAACUCGGAUCAGCCAUCUGACCCGGCGGGUGGAGGAAAUCAAGGGUGAGGUGUGCAGCAUGAUCAGCAAGAAGUACAGUGAAUUCCUGCCUAGCAUGCAAAGUGCACAGGACCUGGUUGCCCAAGUGGAUAAACUAUCUGAUGAUAUUGAUCUGUUGAAAUCCAGGAUAGAGAGUGAGGUCCGCCGAGAUCUUCAUGUAUCAACUGCUGAAUUUACAGACUUGAAGCAACAGUUGGAAAGAGACUCAGUAGUCCUAAGUCUGCUUAAACAGCUACAAGAGUUUUCUACAGCUAUUGAUGAAUAUAAUUGUGCAUUAGCAGAGAAGAAGUAUGUCACUGCUGCUCAACAUCUAGAAGAGGCACAGAAAUACUUGAAGUUAUUAAAAACCAGAAAAUGCUUUGAUUUAAAAAUCUUGAAAUCUCUUAGUAUGGAGCUCACGAUACAAAAACAGAACAUACUUUAUCACCUUGGCGAAGAGUGGCAGAAGCUGAUUGUAUGGAAGUUCCCACCAUCAAAAGGUGCUGCUGACCUCAGCAACUUGGAAUCUUGCCUGCAAACAGAACUUCAUUUAUGUACUGGACAAUCUCACAGUGAAGAGAAGACUCCUGUGCCACCAACCAGUUCUGUCCUCUUGGCAUUUUCUAUUCUUGGAGAGCUGCAUACUAAACUUAAAUUAUUUGGUCAGAUGUUGCUGAAGUAUGUCCUUAGGCCUCUGGCAUCUUGCCCUUCCCUUUUUGCUGUGGUAGAAAGCCAGCCUAAUAUUAUUAUCAUUCGUUUUGAAUCUAUGAUGACUGACUUGGAACACCCGUCACCAUCUGAAGUUUUUGCAAAGGUCAAGCUGGUUCUGGAAGUGCUGCAGAAACAUCUCCUAGAUUCGCCUCUUGAUACUGAUCUAGAAAAUGAAAAAACAUCUAAGAUCAUACUGGCUGAGAUGCUUGGUGACAUGAUCUGGGAGGACUUGUCUGAGUGCCUCAUUAAAAACUGUUUGGUUUAUUCUAUCCCAACAAAUAGCAGCAAGUUACAGCAAUAUGAGGAGAUCAUACAGUCCACUGAAGAAUUUGAAAAUGCCUUAAAGGAGAUGAGGUUUUUGAAAGGAGAUACCACUGAUUUGCUGAAAUAUGCUCGUAAUAUCAAUUCUCAUUUUGCUAACAAGAAGUGUCAGGAUGUGAUUGUGGCGGCUAGAAACCUCAUGACCUCUGAAAUUCACAACACUGUGAAGAUUACUCCUGAUUCUAAGAUUAGUGUGCCUGACUUACCCACUCCUGAUGAGGAUGACAAGCUACAAGUACAGAAAAUGUCCACAACUCAGUACAAUGAAGUGGUGAAUUUACAGCCUGAAAAUACAUUGGACCAACAUUCCUUUUCUUUGCCCACAUGCCGUAUCAGUGAAUCUGUGAAGAAAUUAAUGGAACUUGCCUAUCAGACUUUACUAGAGGCCACAACCAGCAGUGAUCAAUGUGCUGUUCAACUUUUCUACUCAGUAAGGAAUAUCUUCCAUUUGUUCCAUGAUGUUGUACCAACAUAUCAUAAGGAGAACCUUCAAAAACUACCCCAGUUGGCUGCCAUUCACCACAACAACUGUAUGUAUAUUGCUCAUCACUUGCUGACCCUCGGGCAUCAGUUCAGAUUACGCCUUGCCCCCAUUCUUUGUGAUGGCACUACUACUUUUGUGGAUCUUGUACCUGGCUUCAGGAGACUUGGAACAGAGUGUUUUUUGGCCCAAAUGCGGGCACAGAAAGGAGAACUUCUGGAAAGAUUAUCAAGUGCUAGGAACUUUUCAAAUAUGGAUGAUGAAGAGAACUAUUCUGCGGCGAGUAAAGCAGUCCGUCAGGUACUGCAUCAGCUGAAGAGACUUGGACUUGUGUGGCAGGAUGUCCUGCCAGUGAAUAUAUAUUGCAAGGCUGUGGGGACUUUACUCAAUACAGCAAUUUCUGAGAUUAUUGUCAGAAUCACUGCCCUAGAGGACAUCUCUACGGAAGAUGGUGAUAGAUUAUAUUCCUUAUGCAAAACAGUGAUGGAUGAAGGACCCCAGGUAUUUGCACCUCUGUCUGAAGAAAGCAAGAAUAGGAAGUAUCAAGAAGAAGUUCCAGUUUAUGUGCCAAAAUGGAUGCCAUUCAAAGAACUGAUGAUGAUGUUACAGGCCAGCCUGCAGGAAAUUGGGGAUCGGUGGGCAGAUGGAAAAGGACCUUUGGCAGCUGCAUUCUCUUCCAGUGAAGUAAAAGCUUUAAUUCGCGCCUUGUUCCAGAAUACAGAAAGAAGAGCAGCUGCCCUUGCGAAGAUUAAAUAGCUCUAUAUUCCUAAGAAAGCCAUGUCUAGACCAUGUGGAUUCCUCUCGUGGCAUAAUUCUUUAAAGACUUCUUGAAAUUGCCCAUUGGUCUUGGUGAACCAAGUUCAGUUAUAAUGGAAGUUCAGUUUCACCUAGGAACGCCGUACCUUGUGGCCUGUAUGAGGCUUUGUUAAAGAAUUAGAUGUUAGAUAAGACAGGACAUCAAGUUGAAGUACCUUAAUUUGAUGACUUUCUAGCUACCCUCCCUGAUAAGAAACUGUGGGGCUGCAUUGUUUCCUGUUGCUUCCCCUCUGGGAACUGUAUUAAUUGUAAAUGUAGACCCUUGCCUUCAGUCAGGGAAUCCUGGAGAUUUGUGAGCAAAGGGGAAAUAUAUUUUGGGGGGUAGGAGAACCAUAUUUUGUCUUGUAGGAAUUAAUAAGAAUUCCUAAAAUUUCUUUCCAAUAAAUAAUACUUUGAAGAGUGA